UGCCCAACCAUGAGCCUUCCCCACAUGUGAGCCAAGCACUGAUGCCAAGAGAGGAGGAGGAAGAUGAGAUGAGGGAAAGCGGAGUUGAUCACCCCUGGCACAACAAUGAGAUCUUGCAAGCCUCUGUGGAUGGUUCGGGUAAGCCUGAAGUUUCAAAACUACCUGCCUUUUCAAGCUAUGACUAAAACAGUUAGUUGUUCAGAAAGCAGAUAAGCAGAGUACACUUCCUUCCAUGCCCAGAGCUCUGCUUGUGGCAGAAGUGAGAUACAAGUGCUGAUGACAGAUUAUGAGGUGAUACUUGUUCGGUCACAUUACAGCCUUUGCAUCUUACGCGGGGAUUAUAUUUCUGUUUGGAAAUAACUCCAGCUAACAUCUACAUUUGUGUGCAUCACAUUAUCUAUCGAUCUAUCAUCUAUCUAUCUCCACAGAGGAUGCAGGUAUUAACAGAAAUAUGCAUUUUAUGCUACAUAAACUGAGAGAGACAGACACACAUACACACACACAGAGAGAGAGAGAGAGAGAGAGAGAGAGAGAGAGAGAGAGAGAGAAAAGAGAGGAAUGUCAUUUGCAGGCUAUAACACAAGAGCUUAGAAAUUCAGAGCUGUACAGCUGCUUAGAACUGCAGAGCUGUUUAUCAGUUUAAUAUAGUUUCAGUGUCUGUCUGACACCUUGUAUUGUCAUUCAACCAUCUAAUCAUUUCCUUUUGUUAAGUGCAAAUAAGAUUUCACACUUCUACCUGGUCAGGUAUUCUUUUAUUAUUUAACAGUUAAGUAUGUGAUAAUGAUUGCCAGUAUUUGGCAGGUCUCUCUAGGGAAAUAAGAAUGGGCUUAAGCCAAGUUGAGUUAAAAGAAAGAAAGAAAGAAAUCACAGGAAAUAACAUCAAGUGAAACUUUGUGGCCCACAUACUAAAUGAAAAACCCUGAUCUAAAAUUUGCUUUUCAACAAAGGUACACUCCAUGUGAAAAAAAAUGCUAGCAAGGUUGAGAAUUUGCAUGGUUUCCUCAGCAUCAUCUUGAAAACUUUAUCAGGUGUGAGGCUCCAACCAUUUACACCAGCUAAUAUCUGAGGAGGCAACUGGAGUCCUGGGCACAGCCAGGUUACGAAAAACAUAGCCCCUCUUCUGUCAUUAAAUAGCACUCAUACCAAGACAUAGAGGGACACAGGUAGCGCUGUGGGUUAAACCACAAAGCCUAGGACUUGCCAAUCAGAAGGUCGGCGGUUCGAAUCCCCGCCACGGGGUGAGCUCCCGUUGCUCGGUCCCUACUCCUGCCAACCUAGCAGUUCGAAAGCACAUCAAAGUGCAAGUAGAUAAAUAGGUACCGCUCCGGCGGGAAGGUAAACGGCAUUUCUGUGCGCUGCUCUGGUUUGCCAGAAGCAGCUUAGUCAUGCUGGCCACAUGACUCGGAAGCUGUACCCCCACCCCAAUAGCGUAAGGGAUUGCAUAAGUACUGAGUGACAGAGGAGUGGUUUGGACACCAGCCUCACUGCAGUUGGCCUGGAUAGGCCUGGAGUAGGGCAGGAUAGCAGUGAGGUCAAGGGCUGUGCAGAUGGACUGAUGGAAUUAAGCUGGCAUUCCUGUCCGUGUGUUUGCACAGCCCCCACUUCACCUCUGCCUUGUCCCUGUUCAAGUAAGUUGCAACAACACCAGGAGCUAUCAGAAAGGCAUCAUCUCACCCUUGAAGCUGCCUUAUAGUACACUUGCGAAAAAGAUGGCCACUGUAGCAUCAGCAACCUUGAUUUCAUUGUUGCUCGUGCAUACAUUUCCAGAGGUACAGAUUGGGGAAGUUGCAGUUGCCCUAUAGUAAUAAGAUCGUUGCUGAUAUUUUACCACUACUGCUACUCUUGCUUUGCAGCUAUUAAUGCUACAUAUAUGCCACCAGUGGUAAUGAGACCUCAUAGAGAAGGCACUCCACUAGGCAAUGGUGCCAAACAACCUCCAUUAAUUUCAGCAGGGCUCAUGAAGAAACCCAGGUUCAAAUGUAUAGCAUCCAUGCUUGGUGCUUUGCAUCGAGGUGGCUGGAGAGAUCAGGGAAACAUAACAUAUCUCAUACUUUAAUUUUACCAUGUUUAUAAAAAAGCUUUGGGCCUGGAAUUUGCUAGGAGUUUAGCACUAUCUAUGUACAAUUUAAAACAAAAAACGAAAAAAACCCCUGCAUGUUGCUCUACUCUGAGUGCCCUCUGGUGCCUUCCCUUUUCCCCUCUCCUCACAAAGCAAAACUUGUUUUUGUUUUGUUUUUUAAUUCUUGCAGCUUCCAAUUUUGUUUUUGGUUAGGCUUUCUAGAAUCCUUGCAAUUCAACACAUAAACAUUUAUCGCUAUAUCCAUUAAGACUUAAGGUUUUUUAGAUUUUCAACUAUGAGGGAGUACUCAGCCAAAGAUGCUUGAAAGAUAAAUACGUUUAAUUAGGGGCAGAGGAUGAUCAUUAAAGGAAGUCUGACUGCUGCAGAAGUCAUUAACAAUCUUAAAUGAAAUUUUUAUUUUUAUGAUAGCCAUUUACAUGUAUAAUAAGAGCCAAUGAUUCUUGGGAGCAGUGUGACAGAAACAGAGUGUAGCGAGAACUCAUGUAAGACAUAGUAUUUAAAUGAGCUGGUGUUAGCUAUUCAUAUUUGUUAAUGAACUAGAUAUGCAGGGCUAUAAGAAUGAAUGUUCUGAUGCUUUAAAUUUUAAUAUCUGGAAAUCAAGGGUAAGGACCAAUUACCAGGAUUUUCACCCCUUAAAAGGAAUAAUUAAUAAUGACAUAACAAAUGUACAAUUCCAAACUCCUAAAAAAAAUAGUAAAAAUUAGGAUCAAUAGUAUGAAGAAAAGAUGGGAACUGUGGAAUCUUAAUUCACUAUUUUAUAAUUAGAACUGCUUCUUUGUAAUAAAUGAUAGGAGUGCCUUGCAGACUUUGAUCACCUGGAAUUACUGGCGCUUGCAGUAGAAAUGAACAGACUGUGUUUUGCCCUUUACCUUUAUGGUAAUAAAACAGCAUUCUAAUAAUUAAAUAAAUUGUAAAUCCCUAAUCCUAUUUAGCCAUCCUCAUUACACAGGCCAGGAAAGUUACUCUGCUAUUACCUGUCUAGUUCUAAUGAUUGGUAAUGAUUUAUUGUGUCUUUUUUAUUGUUCUAAAAGUGCCCUGAUGUGGUGCCUUGAUGUCUAAUGAAAAGAGAUUGGUCUUAAAAAGCAACUCAUUGUUUAUCCUGACUCUUAGAUAACACACUUUUUCUCGUGAUAAAAUAUUUUUCUUAUUUAUUGUUCAAAACGCACAAUAUAGACAAUAACUCUAAUUUGGGGGCUGCCUUAUUCAGUUGUGUUUUAUCCCUGGUGCCUGACUGUCUACCGCAGUACCUCAGCACAUAGCUUUACUCUGAGAUAAGCCCCUUCUGCCUUGCUCUUUCUCCCAUGCUUUCUGUAGUUUUGCCUGCAGGAUGCAGGUUUUGAACUGAAGAGCGCAGUGGAGUUCUAACUGUGCCUUUCCGGUUUCAGCACAAUCAAAGUUUUGUGUUUAGAAUUGUCCUUGACAUUCUUUCGUCCCACAAUGGGGUGGACACAGUGUGCUGGAAGCCAUGACAUCAUUAUCACUGACACAGACUUAAAUAAAUCACCUGCAUCUUGGCCUCUUUCUGCUUAUUCAAGGAUUCUUCAUCUCGAGGAAGAAAGUGCUCUUUAUUUUUACAAACCUUUAUCCCAGGGGUGGCUGGAAAAUGCAAACUUUUACAAGUGUUUUCAAAAUAAAUAUACUCUGGGGUUCUUAGGAAGGCACGUUGCUCACAGUCAGAUGUAGUCUGCAAAACUUAGGUGCUGUGCAAAAAGGUAAAUCUGCUCAAACUUUUGUUGCUAUCAGUAAAAAUUAAAUAAAUGUAAGCUCUCGUACUCUUAGAUUUAUUUGAUACAUCCGAACACAGCAAGCUGGGUUUUUCAUCCCUUUGCUGCUGAUUUUUUAAUCAUUGUUUGUGAUGUUUCCUGUAUACUUGAGUACAGUAUUGGUGAAAUCAGAAACAAGCUCACAUAGUUGAUCUUUGAAAAAUAUUGUUGCCUCAGAAAGAGGAUGCAGAAUUCUGUUCAGGAAGAGUUUCUCUGUGACUUGAAGGGGUGUGAAGUAAGAUUUGCUUUCUACAAAAAGCAUGCCUAGAUAAAAGCACAUUGAAAUUAAUGCUUUUUUUUUUUUUUACUGGUACAGAAUUUGGAGAUGAUCAGCAAAAAAAAAAAAAAAAAAAAAAAAAGGAUUUUGAAAGGCACAUUUGCCCCAAAAUACAUGAUGUACUUUUGUGACCUGCACAAAAACAAGAAGAGCAUUCUCUGUAUUUGCCUAUUUAUUGGGUUUUGGGAAGCAGCUCGAUCAUAAUGUAACUUUUCUGUACUGCAGCAGAACAUUACAAUGAGGAAGGAAAUGCAGCCGAAAUCUUAGCAUCACCACUAUUAUGCAAAAAAAUAAGAAAAUGUGUUUUUCCCCCCUUAGUGACUGGGUAGAUGUGCCCUCAGAUGGAAACAAACUUGUGACUCCUUUCUACCAGAAAUCACAUGAGCUGAUCAAGGAAGGGGGGAAAAAAUCCACACAAGCUAUAUUUAUAUCCAGCACUAAACCUCUCACAAGUGCAGUACCAUCCAGCUUCCUAGUAAGCUGCCACAAGAAAUACUGUGUAUCACAGCUGACAACUUUUUAUCAAUGUAUAUGGAUUUUCCUAAAGGUUUUUGGAAUCAAGAUAUCCUGUAAAAAUGUUCUAUGGAGGAGACAAAGUGCCAAAUCACUGUAAACUAUAUAGUUUGAAGAAAUUAUCGGCAGUUUUUGCAGGAAUAUUUUAACUUGGGAUGUUUUUAUUUUAAGCUACAAAACAAUAAAAUGCAUAUUUAUAGCUCCAUCUCAUAUUCUGGUUGUAAAACUUUGAAAUAAGUCAGCUUAGCUUUAGUUUUGAUUAAAAUGACACAAUUAGAUCCUGUUAUUCAAUCAGCUAAUUACUCACAAGAAUGGAACACAUAAAUAAUACCGUAGGAUUGCAAAUCUCAGAAUGAAGUUUGUACUCCUCGCCUUCUUCCUUGCAACAUUUGUUGCAGAAAUUGAUUGAUGGUGUACCAUUUUAUAUCCACAUCAAACUCUUUAUUUGGGGGGGGGGGACCCAAACUAACAAUCCCAACACUAAGCAUUUUCAGUGCUUUUUUUCUAGAGAAAUAGGUGUUGGUACUCACUAUGAAGUUGCUACAGUAAGUGCCACACUAUUUAACAACUAAAAAAAGAGGUGCUGGUACUGCAAACCCAUGAGUACCCCCUGGAAAAAAAGCACUGAGCAUUUUUAAGUUCUAUGUAUCAGGAAUUCAGUCAUUAUCCCUAGACUGCCUAACCAGAUAAUGUCUGCUUAGGUCCUUUUUUGGAUUUACCCAUUUACAAGUUCCACUUCUUUGUUAUAUUAACUUGGAAAAAAUGUUUUAGACCUCAUUUAUUCCCUGUUCACACAUAGCAUUCGAGUCCCGUAUUGCCGUUCUCCUUACCAGCAGACAUAUGGAUGCAGAAUUCAGACGUGGAAGAUAAUUGAGUCAAGACAUACCAGGAGAGUUAGUUUUAUGCAUUCUGUUUUGCAAUGAUUUGGAGAUGGGAAUUAUUUUAGAAUAAUACCAUCCUGGAAUUUACCUGCCAGCUGGAGACACAUUAUACACAGCUGACAACGUAACCUGAAGACCUGCUGUGCUAUUACUGUGCUUGUAUUAUAGAUACAUAUUUUGAUGCAGAUAUCACCACAUCAGAAUGAUUUCAAAAGGGACUCUUGUAAUGCUAGUGGCAAAGUUGUAGUUACCCUCCCAUUCUGAAACUCAACACAUUCUACAUCUUCCCUGAAAGUAGUGGUUGAUGAUGUAGUAAAAUAACCAUUUCUUUCGUCUUGUUCACUGACAAAUUGCUGAAGCCAUUGGUCCAAGAACCAUUUAAUAUUGUAACUUUUGGUGUCACCUUUUUCAUCCUUGGGAAUAAUUACUUCACAUGAUCAAUGCAACCAUCAGCUGCAAAAAAAAUUUGUAGAAUGGGGGAAAGUUCAUGAAACUGCUGCAGCUAAAACCCAGGAGCUAUCAAUUUACACGUCAUAUUGUUUAUUGUGAUUCCUGAGAGUGAUUGAAGUAGAGCAAGAAGCCGAGUUAUCCCAAGUUAACAACAGGCAAGAGCAAAAUAAGUUCAAAACAAUCUUUUGAAAGUGUAGGCUGAAAAUAUAUUUAUUUUUAUUCCACCCUUCCAAAGAGCUCAGAGCAAUACACUUGCCUCUUCUCCCCCCCCCCUCCCCACAUGUGGCAUCUGUGAGAUAGGUUAGACUGAGAGGCUGACCCAAAGUCAUCAAGUGACCUUCAUGGCCGAGAGGAAAUUUGAACCUAGGUGCCCCCAGUUAUAUUCUAGCCACAUUACCACGCCAGCUGUACAAAUUACCCAUUAAGAAUUUUCUCGUAUUUGCUGCCAUUUCAGGUAACUUCCCUGUGCCUCCUUUAAGUGAAUAGUUCAGGUGGGGGGGGGAAUGUUGGACCACUGUCCCAGAGAUCAGCACAUUGGUGUCUAAAGCCUCAGGUAUUCCUUGUUAUUUAUAGGAUUUUAAGUAAUUAACUCAGGGCCAGGUCUCUUAUAGGAAGCUGCCUUAUAUACCAAGUCACAGACUGUUGACACUGCCUGGCAGCUGCUCUCGAGGGUUUCAGACAGGGCCUUCCCCAACCUUAAACCUGGUGAUGCUAGGGAUUAAACCUGGGACUUUCUUCAUGCAAAACACUUGCUCUACAACUGAGCUUUGGUUCUUCCUUUGGCAUGUGAUUGCCUGGAGAAACUGAACUGCGGGAAUAACACUUCUCUUAACGCAUCUCUUAACAGUCCAGCUAAUUCUUGUGUUUGUCUGCACAAAUGUAUACCCAGUCUGCACAAAUGUAUACCCAGUAACAACAGGGGCUGCUCACAUGGAGGAAGCCCAUAUUGUCCAGACCAGUCCUUAGAAUUCAGAUUACAUGAUCAAAUUCAUGAAACAGCCUGAACAAAGCCAUUGUGCUGAGAUUUACAAGCGGGGUGUUCUGUGCUUUUGUUGAAAGAAUCAUCCUUGUUGCUGCCAUUUGCUUGCUGUUUUAGUAAGGCUAUUCUGUCCACUGAAAAUGUCCAUUCCUGUAUUACAGAAGAAAUGAAGGAAGAGUAUGACACCAUGGGGCCUGAAGCUGCAAUUCAGACCACUGGAAACAACGGAACAGGUAAGGGCAGACCUAUACAAACUUCUCUAGUUUCCUAUUGCCUUUGAUUAUUUUUGUUUGUUUUGCAAACUGAAAGAAUAAGCCAGGUACACUAGUCCACUUUUCUAGAUGAAAGUUUGAGAUAUUGCUAAUUACAUGUACAUUUCCCUGAUUGUUUCACUUUGAUACAAACCAUUGAUGCAGCCUUGAUCUCACUGCAGUUUCUGGGAACAUUUCUGCGGAGAUCUAUGUGACUAGGAUAGUUUCUUUUGUGUUUGAUGAAAAGUAUAUUUUCCUGCCUCCAUCUACCCCUCAUUUAAUGUGACAGCAUCCUUGGGAGUUAAUAGAUUCCAGCACUGUAAAGAGUGGUAUUUCCCCCCCAUACAGGUGAUUAUGCUGGAGUUUAAUGUAGCUGGAAUUUUUUUGUGACAGGAUCUGUACAAAUAUCUUUAUAAUCAUAAUGGGUGCACUUUUUGUAUCAAUACCAAACCCACGUUUUAUUGGGUGCAUACUUCAGACCACUGAAACUUUUUUUUCACUUUCCUUAACUCAUUCUUCACUCCUCUUCUCAGAAAUCUACCGUGUGUAGAUGAAAAGAAAGUAACACUGAUACAAAAGAUGCAUUGUUUCUAAGCCAUCUCUUUAAUGCUUUGCUGAAACCUCCAGAAUAAAAUGGGUUUUUCUCCAAUCUUGAUAGUUCAGUGUGUUCAAGCUGCUUUCCAUUUGAUUAAGGGGACUGGUUUCUUCACAGGUAGCCUACAGUUGUAGGACUGUGUCUCAACUAUUCCUCCUUGUGAGGGAUACCUGUAUUUGGCAAAGUUCUGUCCAUGGUCCUAGCGUUAAGAACCUGAUACAGUUCUGAUCUAUAAAGAUGUCGCAAACAUGCCUCGCCAGUGAGGAAAGACCAAGCACCUUAACUUUGUGAAAAUGGAAGCAAAGGAACUUUUUCCAGUGAGACAAGACCAUUAUUCCAUAUUCUCCUUACUGUAGUUUCCAUCCUAAAUAAGCUGUUUUCAUGUUCCAUUAUGAUAUUUGAUUCUUAGUGCCCACUAGCAAUGCUGUUAAGUAGGGUGGCACCCAAAUGCUACAAGGAUUUUAUUACUCACACAUCUCUAAUGCUGGUACACACCCACAUGUUCUUAUUAGACAUCGCAACAAACUGACUUGCCUAAUUCUUAUGGGGGGAAAUAAUGGAAAAAUUAAUCCAUGCUGGUGUGUGAGUGCAUGUGUUUCUAUCUUUUGUAUAUUAGUCUUAUAUACUGGCGGGUAAUCCGUAAAGUAAAAUGAGGUCACAUUUUCAUUAGUUAUGUAUUACAAAGAGGAACAUCAAAACAUCUAUACUGUACUGAAAAAUUAUUUUUUAUUCUUCUCGGGAUUUAAUGGUGUGUAGCAAGGCCAAGGACAGGCCUUGUUAACACCAUGUACUGGCAACAGUAUGAUUCCACUCCACUCACAACCUUUUAAAGAGCCUUGCAGAUGUCACAAAGUGCCGCAAAUUCUCCAACACUGAGCCCCAGAGAUUCUUGUCCCGGAGGGCAGCCCCACAAUAGGCAAAUUUGUAAGAACCAAAUCACUAAAGCUAUGGAGGGCAGGCUGUCUGUCUUUCAUAUACACUACCACAAUCUCAUAUAGCAUGAUCAACCAUUUUCUCCUCCCUACAAACCUCACAACACCCAAAGUCAAUCCACAUAGCCCUGCAUAAAUGUAGAGCUUAAUGCCUAGCCAAAAUCUGAACAGUACAACUUGUCUCUGCCACCCUUUCAGUGUCAAAAAUUGAAAAUCUUCCAAUGAUGGACAUCUGGAGAAUACCUUCCUACCUGUAGAAUACCCUCCAACCUGUAGAACCCACCUGCGACUGUCUUUGCCAUUCACCUAACAAGGUCCAUUUAACUCAACUUCCGAAAAGGACAGUGGCAACAGAAGAUCAGUGUCCCUCUGCCCCCAAACCCCUAAAAUAUUUUGUUUCUCAGUCAUUAUUUUUCUUUUUUUAAAAAAGCAAAAAACAUGUGGUAAUGUAGCAUUAGUAAUAUUGUAUUUUAAAAUAUUUACAUUCAGAAGUAAAGUUGGCUAUUUAUAUUAAGGUUCAUGGUAAAGACUUCUUAAGAGUCUCAACUUAAGAGUUUCACACCAUGCUCCCGACACUUCCAUGUGAUCUCAGCGCCACAUUUCAGUGGUUCAGAUGCAUGGAUAAUCUCCAUGCCAGUACCAGCUGCCAUUAGCAUCAUCCACUGUAAGUGGAAACUGUGAUGUUUGAAUCCUAUCUAACUGCAAAAUUAGGCCACAAUGUUUACUGAGACUUUCAGUUUGAGUGGUGGGUACCAAUGCAUAUCCAGCAGAGAGAGCAGAUUUCAGUAUUUUGUACCUCAGCCUACAGGAAAUAAAAAAGAUUUCUAUCAGAUUCCAGUUGUAAUUCCGUCUCACCAGGUGUUCCACAAGGCUAUUAAUGCUGGCAUUGGUACCAGUAAGAGAGUAGCUUCUGAAGUGUGAGAAUCUGUCUACUUAAAAACUAGGCUGAUACUACAAGAAUAUUUCGCAUGCAACCACAAAAUGGUGGUGAUGAUUCAUAAUCAUGGCCAGUUAUACCAAAAUUGAGCAAUUAAUUUUGUGUACUUUCACACAGGUAAAACUGGCACCACUUCAGCCCAGCGUGGCUUUGAGACUUUGCAUCCUUAUAGCUAUUUUGAGGAAAUGGAUGAAUGCAUUCCCUGUAGAUAAACAAAAUCUGCUUACCCUUACCCAGUAAUAGCCACAGACAAAUACGUUUUGCUGAGACUGCAUUUUUAAAAAAAAAAGGUAGGAAAAGAGUUCUCUGCAAAGAAAAACAGAAGUAAAAGUUGGCAAGUUGAAAGGACUGAUCGCUUUGAGACUCUAAUCUGCAUGUACCAAUGAGGACCUGCCACUUCCUGCUUAAUGAAGGCUGUGGUUUUAUUAGCUUUGUUGCCGAUUAGGAGCAGCUAUCUCCAUCUUACAGCAAGAGUUCCCACAAGAAAUAACUGGCCUCCUAUGCUCUCGAGUGUCUCCUUUAAAUAUCUCUUUUCCUUAGUGUGGUUUAUGCUCAUAUGAUGUUAUGCUACCUCAGGCUUUAAGGAGUCCCUGCCCUAGUCCUUAAUUAAAACAAGACUUCCUUAGUGAGGUCACUCACUCUACAUCUUCCUAAAAAGCUUGACUCACAGAUGGGAGUGUGAUUUCUGUUUGCAAUUUAAAUUCACUAGGAAUCAAUGUGUGAGGCUAUAGGCAUAGAAAUCAUGCAGAGGGCAUAUAAGGGGAAAUUCUCUGUCCUUUCAAGAGACAUUAGUUGGGGGGGGGGUAGAGCAAGGGAUGAUCACAAGAAUUUGUGCUAGCUUUGGCUGGUUUUCCAACCACAGUGUUUCCUGAUGAAGUUAGACCUUGCCACAGUUAAUGACGUAGUUACCUCCAGAUUAGAGUAUAAUGUGCUUUGCACGGGGCUGUCCUUGAAAAGUGUCUGGAAACUUCAGCUGGUGCAAAAUGCUCAUGCGGAAUGGAGCAGAGCAGUCAGAACAUAUUAAUGCCUGUUUUGUGUGAUACGUACUAAUUGCCAGUUUGUUUCUGGGCUUGGUUCAAGGUGCUGCUUUUCAUCUUCGGCUGGGGAGGGCGGGAUAUAAAUAAAAGUUUAUUAUUAUGAUUUAUUAUCUUCAAAGGCCUAAACAGCCCGGGACCUGGGCAUCUUCCUUGUCUCAUGCUCUGUUCCACAUCUGAAGCCUUGCUCCAGAUUCCUUGCCUGCAUGAGGCACGAUAGAUAGCUCCCAGGAGCAGGGCCUUUUCUGCACUGGCACUCAUUUUGUGGUGUGCCCUUCUGAGAUGUGUUUCUUUUAUGAAUUAUUUCCACUUAUUGACUUUUUCUUGAUUUGCCAUGUUAUCACUAUGCUAGUGGGUAUAUGAAUUGUUCUGUUUUGAGGAGUCACAUCCCAUAAUAUAUUGCAUGAUGUUUUAAUUUGUAAGCCACUUGAAUUUCUUUCUCUUUUUUUAAGUGGAAAAAAUGUGAGGCAUAAAGUUUUACAUAAAAUUCAUUUGCAGUCACAUUUUGUUUGUUUGUAACCCUGAUCAAUUAUUCUAAUGAUGGCCAAAUUCUUGUCAGUAACAUAAGAGAAACUUUGAAUUGCCUGAUCUGCAUUCAGAUGGCACUUGCUAUUUAUAUUAAUCUUUAAUACAUAAUCACACUGUUAACGUUGUUUCAGUUAAGGAUCUGUCAGCUCCCUAGUAAAUCCCGUUGUUUCAAAGGUUUAUAACUUAGACAUAAACAUUUGCCUUAGCUCCUGAAUUCCUUUAAUGCACAGGGAAACUGAAUAAUGCACCUCAGAAACAUUUAGUAUCAAAGGAGACAAUUAUAGCCUCCUGUACAAAACCAGCAUUCAAAACUGUUUGUAGGCCUGUUUGAGAAAGCUGACCAACCAUCCAUAGGAUCUAGUAUAUUACUAGGAGCAAAGGAAGAAUUAACUUUAGGUAGUGACCGUAAUGGUAUGUUUGAGAUAAUAGUGACAAAAGCAGCAGCUUUUAAUAAGCCUCGUUCCAAUUUGUGUUUUAAUGCUGUAAAAAUUUCUGGAACCGUUAUUCUAAACAGUUAUGUUCGGCUAUAAGCUUGCAGUGCUUGAGUAAUGUUCCUAUGGUCUGAACUGGUUUUAGUAGUUUUACAAUAUGGCCAUUGGCCCAGAGAUGGACUUCUGGCAAGAACACCAACCACAAUAUUUUCCUGUUCAAUUUGCUGUCUACCAUUUUCAGUCUUCAUUCUGUAACUCCCUACUUUCCAGCAGAAACCAAUUAUAAUUUAUAUGAACAUUUUUCCGGAUAUUUCUUCCAUAUCGCUGUCAAUAUUCUACCCAGUAAUUCACAACUCACCUCCAAUCCAAACUAUAUAUUCAUUUUUUAAAAUACCAUCCCCCCUAUUUAACCAGAAUGUUUCUUUCCUUAAGAAAAUAUGUUUUGAAACAUUAGAAGAAGGCAUAUACUUCAGGAAUAUAUAAUGAUAGAUAGCCAGCACAACAAAAAAAAAGCUAUUUGACUUGCCCAGGCACACCCGAGUUUAUUUCCAUUAAAUGUAUAUCAACACUGAAAAAAGACAGUGUUUGGCAAUACAAGAACCUGAUAUUCACAGAUUUCAACAUGCUGAAUGGUCUUUAUCAUUCACUCUCUAUUCCACAGUCACUCUCAGUGUGACUGAUGGCUACCUGAAUAUGGCUGGGAUCCAACAGUUACUUCAGUCACAUACCCAGUGAAUUAGAGGAGACAGUGGUAGUUGUAUAGGCGUUAAAGCACACAUAAACAGGCCCAAAGAAAGAAAUCCAGCAGAUAGAAGAGAGCAUGGGAAAAGGCCACAGGAAAGGCAUUCUAAUGAAAAUAUAAAAAUUGAUUUGGUCCUAUAUUCUGAAGCACAUGGCAAAAUGGUAGGUGGUUUCUGCAAAAUUCAGAGCAAACUUUAUCCUCUCUGUAGGCUUCCUACAUCUGGCAAACCGGUCAUCAUCUUGAUGGGCAGGGCCAGUUUUGCUUGCAUGGAAGUUUGUAGAAAAUAUGACCGCUACUUCCAGGAAAGUAACAAAAGAUUUCAACACACGGUUUCCUUUAUGCUUCUCCUGAGAGGCCUGAGCAGAGCUUUAGGCUCCUGUUCUAGGCUGGCUGGACGGACCCCUGGACAGGAAUAUUCCUCUUGCAUAGACACACUACAACUUUGUUUCGCAAGCCCCUUUGAACUAUUGAAAGCUGUUUUUAAAACUUCUUUCUGCUUCAAAAGUGCAUUGACCUGCAUUAGGAGAAGCGGCGGCUGUUCAAGGGUCACAGUGGUGCAGUCAGAGCAGGACUUGGGAACAGACAUCAAGAAUGAGGCAGAAUGUGCAAGAGGGACACCGAGUAGAAGCAGGGUUGCAUUACCAUAAGGGAAGGGUAAUCCCAUUAAGUCCAGAGUCUAACGUUACCUAACUGUGCCACUGAAACACAAGUCAAAAAUGUCCUUGCAUGUGCAGAACUAGGUGUGAGGAUAUUUGGAUUCUAGACAACAUAUGACAUAGUUAAGGGGUAAAUAUCUAAGGAUCUGUUUUAUGUUUUGUUUUGUUAUGUUUUUAAUAUAAUUCUCUUAAACUCACUGCCAAGGGCAUAUGGUAGUGACCCAAAGUAUGAAUAGCAUCAUAAAAGAACUAAGGUAUUUAGGUAUUGGAACGCGGGUGGCGCUGUGGUCUAAACCACUGAGCCUCUUGGGCUUGCUGAUCAGAAGGUCAGCGGUUUGAAUCCCCGUGAUGGGGUGAGCUCCCAUUACUUGGUCCCAGCUCCUGCCAACCUAGCAGUUCAAAAGUAUGGCAGUGCAAGUAGAUAAAUAGGUACCAACACGGCGGGAAGGUAAGCGGCAUUUUCGUGCACUGCUCUGGUUUCGGUGAUCUGUUGCACCAGAAGCGGCUUAGUCAUGCAGGCCACAUGACCUGGAAAAAACUGUCUGCAGACAAACGCCGGCUCCUUUGGCCUGUAAAGUGAGAUGAGCACCACAACCCCAGAGUCGUCUGCGACUGGACUUAACUGUCAGGGGUCCUUUACCUUUACCUUUUUAGCUAGGUAGCUAGCUGGUCAGGGCAUGCUACUUCCUAAUAAUAUCUCCGCCCCUCCCACUCCCCCAGUAGUAUUCUGAAGUUUGACCUCUAGUUUCAUGAGCCAUUUCAGAACUUUAUAAAUAUGGGAGCACCUGUUUUCAGGGCUAUCACCCUUCUUCUUUUGAUUCUUAUUUUUGCCUAUCUAGUUCAUUCAUCUUUAUCAUGACCUAUUUCUGAGGAAGAGAGAGAGAGAGAGAGAGUGUGUUAAACUUGAGCUCAGCAGGUUGUGCAUUGAAGAAAGAUGUUGCAUAUUGACAGGAACUGGAACAUUUUUAUUAACAACAUCUAUGAGGCUAUUGCCAGAAUUGCUUCCUUCUGUAAAUGAUAUUAAGGCAUCUCCUGGGAUUUAGUAGUUUCAAACUAUAUAUUUUACUGGACCAUUUCCCUCCCUUGCAGAAUUAGGUAUUUCCUUUAGAUUUUGUAAUAAAAUGAUUUUUCCAUAACCUAUUUUUGUACAUAAAAUACUGUAAGAUUUUACUAUGAAGCAAACAGAGGUGUGAGUUGAUUUUAUGCUAGCACCAUUGACCACCUAUGGCACCAUAAUGGAUUUUCUCCUUUAUCUGUUGCCUUGAGGCAAAGAUGCUAAAUAUUUCAGUAACCCUGUGUGUUGGUUUCCUCCCACAGUCUAAGUUACAAUGAUGUAAAUCUAGUGCUUCUGUCACUCUAUAAUUAUCAAUCCAACCCCAUUGAUUUUAGGGUAGAUACUGCUGAUUUAUGCUGUUGUAAGAGGGAGCAGAAUCAACUUGAUCUCUAUUUUCGUUGCUUAAUGAGAGAAAAUAUUUUAAUCACCUUGGUGCUGAGUUUGUAACCUGACCUACUCAAAUAAAUGUAUCAAAGUCUGAAUACGUAUGGACAAUAAAAAGUGAGUGUCAGUAAAAGUCUUAAACUGUAUGUGUGCUGAAGAGGUACUUUUCAAUACAUAAUUGAAAACACAAUUCAAAAUCUGUUUUAGCUAUAAUUCUGCUCUGAGUUUACAUGCUUAAGUCCCUUUGACAUUGGUGGUCUUAAACAAACGUACUGAGCAAUGGAUUGAAUGUGAGGUCUCCUAUACAGUUGGAUUAAUACUUUUCUACAAUAUCAUAGGCUUUACUGAAUUAUUCCUGCAUCUAAUGUUCAGAAAGGAAGAAAGGAAAAUGAUUUAUUUUAGCAAGAGGAUGCUUUGUGGUUCAGAGGAUUUUUCCCCCAUGGACAUUGCACAGGCAAUAAAAAAACAACAAAUGUUAUGUUUUAAUGAGAAAGAAAAUGAAAACUUCACUGUUUUUAGGGCCUACCUCACAUAACUAUGUUCCAGAACUAAAUAGUAAUAUUUGUAAAAUCAUUCCAACAUCACAUUAUUUAAGUAACAAUGGUUCCUUUUUGAGGUGGUUGGGGGAGAGGAUGUUGCUUCUCCAAGAAUGUUAUGUAUUUCAGAGAAAAGUCAUUGGGCUAGAAUCCUGACCAGUUCAGAAUUCUAGUUUCCUGAUCAGAAAAAGGUCCAUUAGUCUAUAUGCAAGCUUGCUUAUCAUACUCCCCCCCCCCCAUUAUUCUUAUGGUCUUCCUUAUCCCAAUGCCCAAUAACCAGCACUGAAAAAAAUAUAUAUUUCUGUGUCCAUGAAAUGGUGUCUGACAGUAGUCUCAGAGACCAAAGGACAGAAGGUUUGGCAGAUGAUCUAUAGCAAUCUCCUGAUACGUAAUAAGCAUUUAUAACCUCCAAAUCCAAACCAUAGGGUUUGAGGAUAUCCAAAAGCAGGCUAACUCCUUAGUCCACCUAUCAUGAAGUUCAGAUAACAAUAUAAGACUGUGGUCUCAGAAUACCAAAGGACAGAGAUUAGAAUUGCUCCCACUGGUUGCAAUUUAUUUCAGGAAUCGUUUUUGUAAGAUAUCAUUGAAUUACACCAGAAUUCCAAAAUGCAUGAAAGUCUAACAUGUUGCCUUUUCAGAUUCUGUGCACAGACAGCAUACAAUAUUGCACCCCUCCCUUUUUUAUGAGGAAAGGAGGAGGGCACAUGCAUUGGCUCCUGCCAUCUUUCAUUAAUGAAUGGUGUCAUCAGUGACUUUGCCAAAUGUAUUCUCUUACAAAAUCACCAGCCAGUGAUUUUAUUGGCAGGAGAAAUGAGCUAUGUGGAAGUAUGGGUAGCCACAGGAUUAGGCUCAUAAAGUAAAUGUACACCAUCUUCAAUACCACUGUGUAGCCAAACAUAUAAAUCCUCCACAAAACUAUUUCUCUCCCCCUCCCCCCAAUCCCUUUUCUAUUAUAGUUAAGAAUGCAAAUUGCACGUCGGACUUUGAGGAAUAUUUUGCUAAGAGGAAAGUGGAUGAAGGAGAUGGACACUCAGUCAGUAUAGCGGAGUACCUACAACGCAGUGAUACAGCCAUUAUUUACCCGGAAGCCCCCGAGGAACUGUCUCGUCUUGGCACUCCAGAGGCCAAUGGGCAAGAAGAAAAUGGUGAGGAUGGAAUUCAUUUUUAGCCACUCUUCUGACCUCUUGCAGCUGUUGCAAUUAUAAAUGCACUACAUGCCUGGGUGUUUACCUUAAAAUUGAAGAACAGCUGCAGAAGCAUGGAAUUUCACGAGCAAAGAUGGGACUGUAAUUUCAGCAUAUUGUGAUUGCUUUUUUAGUCAGCAAAUUGAGACUCUUCUGUAGGUGAAAUAAAUAGCAGGGACAAUUAAGGGUUAUGUUUUUAAAGGAGCAGCGUCCUUGCUCUAAUUUUAGUUUGGGAAUGAUUGAAUUUUUUUACAGGACAAAUUGAGGAUUACUAACUGAUUCUGUUAAGUCCUUAAUAAGUAAUUGAAAAAGCAUCCGUGAAGAUGGAACUAGAUGGUGUUGUGUUUGGAGACAACAGACUGGUAAUUAAGUGCACAGCAUCAAUAAAUCAGAGAAAGAAAGAAAAACCCCAACAUUUUCCACCCCUUCCCCCCCCACAAGCUAUUGUAGUCUCACAAUAAGCCAGCCGAAAGUUUUGAAUUAAUUUUCUUAUGAUUCAUACAAGUUUGCCCUGAGCGUGUAAAAAGUUGAUUGAUGUGGUUUUGCAAGCAAGGUAGAUAUCACGGAUAUUCCACUGUAGGCAGAUUGCGGUGAUUCUUGUCAAUCCAUCCUGGGCAAUAAGCCCAUUAACUGCCAUUGAUUUACUGACCUUUUGGCCUGCUUCUUUCUCUCACGUCUCUUGGGCUACAGACCUGCCACCUGGAACUCCAGAUGCUUUUGCCCAACUGCUGACCUGCCCCUACUGUGACCGGGGCUACAAGCGCUUGACAUCACUGAAGGAGCACAUCAAGUACCGCCAUGAGAAGAACGAAGAGAACUUCCCUUGCCCUCUUUGCAACUACACAUUCGCUUACCGCACCCAGCUCGAGCGGCAUAUGGUGACGCACAAGCCAGGGACAGAUCAGGUGGGGGGGCUUGUUUUAAGUGAUUUCUUUCUAUAAUAACCCCUUAGAGAAAUGAUAUUGCUUUGAUUGGCAAUCAUUAUUAAUUUUUCAUGGCAUUUUGAAGAUGCAGAUCUUUUAAUGGUAAUAGCUUUAAUUGAGGCCUAAAUGAUUUUUUGAUGGUCUCUUCUAAUAUGAUUUAAUAGUCUUAUGUUCACGAUCGAAUGAGUGUGUUAAUUUCUAAUUUAGAAAUUUUAUUUGCACUUUAACUUGACUUUAGUUUCAUUUUUUUAUGUUCCUCAAAAUGUGAAUGAAAUUGUGGCAUUUUAAUUAUACAUUAUUAAACAUCUCAGCAAUUUUAUCUCCAUUUUUCACCUAGUUUUGCACUGCAUUUCCCCCCACAUAGGAUCUCAAAGACAUCUCAGGAAUCUGCUAAUCUUAUUUUCUGUCAUUCAUUACUUUUUAUGGAGCCCUGUAUCUGUUUUUCAUGCAGUUCAUACGAAUAGGUUCAUAUUUUUUAGUUAAUCUUGUUGCGUGUAUCUGUGUGCUUUAUGGCUCUUCUAAUAACUUGUGAUCACUUUAGGAAUACACUAUUCCUGAAAUCUACACACCCCAGCAGCAAAUCUCCUGUAAAUCAAAAUGAUUCCUUGAUGCAUUAGAUUUAAUCAAAUUGAAUGUGUCUUUUGAAUUCCUGCUUAAAACUUCUAUAAUGACGUUGCAAUGGAAAUCCAAAUGGCAGAUCUUAAACUACAUUCCAUUCCCUUACUAUGAGAAUGAUACCAAUAGUUUUUAUUCUAAAGAAUGAGAAGUCAUACUGAUUUAGAUUUAUCAUGACAGGCAUUUUUUCAAUAAAAGACGUGCUUAAUUAAACAAACAUGUAUCAUGCUCACCUUCUAAUCAAGCAGUUUGGUAAUUAGUUCACUGUUUCUCACUUGAUCUCUGUAAUCGAUAAAAUACAAUUCUGACAGGAUUUAUCAUAACAUUUCAUUUUAAAGAGCAAAGCGAGUUGUUAAUCUGUAACUUUCCCCCCUUUCUGACAAAAUGGGAGACAAGAGUGGCUUUUCCUCUCCUUCCCUAUUGCUUUUGACUAUCAAAACACUACUGGAAGGGGAGGGGGGCGUGUGGCUGGAUAUUUAUCCAGAAUAACUGCCUUAAAUUUCACAUGCAAGAGUGUGAUUGUGCUGGCGCAUUACGAAUGGUAGCUUUGGUGUUGAAAAGUCCCCUCAUUUGCUCAUGGCAUUUACAAUUAGUAAAUUAAAAUGAUUGUAUCAUAUUAACAGUGGCACAACUAAAGUUUAUAGUAGUCCUCUGAGGGCUGUGGGGGGAGACAAAGCAGCUGUUGCUGUUUGUUUAUGCAACUCAGCAACAUAUGAGCACUGGUCCCUCAAUGGCGCUCCGCGGGCUGGGCUCUGCUUGAUCUUUGAAGGUUGCUGCUGUUUGAACAACCCUCCCUGUGUCCCAUGUAACACCAUCUGUCUCACUAGGAAUGUGGGAAGAUUCAGCACACCCUAGCAGUUGUCAUACCGUUUCUGUGCUGUCUUUUCUGCAAUAGGCUUUUGUGUCAUUGCUGCUUGGGAGAAAAGGGGGAGUGGGGGGGGGGGGGAGGAGGCUGACCUCCUACCUUGAACAUCCAGACUAGAUGACUGCAGCUUUUUUUCCUUCCCCCUUUUUAAAAUCAGAAUUCAAAGUCACAGCACUUUUCUCACUUGUUCAGAAAGGUCAGCUGUGUUUGAUCCUAUCUUUAUGCUGCUUUUUAACUCGUCCUUUCUGCCAACUUUUCCUUCUUGUUUUUGCCCCAUUGCUCUGAAGGAGGGGGGGGGGAAGAAAGAAUUAGUUUAAUUCUCUGAUCAGGACUUUCCCUCCCAGCAGUGACCGCCUCUUGCAUUUGAUAAAACAAAGCUUGCUUAUCAUCACAAUGCUAAAGGGUUCAGAAGCACUGCAAAUAUAUGGUUUUUUUAAAAAAAAUGCUGCAAGUUGUGAAUUGACAAUAUGAUCAGCUAAGAAUAUUAAAAGCCUCAAUUUCUUUUAAAAAUUAACAAAUCCAUUCCUUGCAGCACUGCAUGCCUUAAUAUAUUGUGCUGCCGAUGAAAGACUUAAGAAAUAAUUCCAAAGCAAAUGCUCCAAGUGAAUUCAGAUUUCCUUCAGGUUUACUGCCAACAUUUUGAUUUUUAUGGCAGCACUGAUGAGGCAAAUAAAUGUGCAUGCAGAUCUUUUAGGCUGACAGAUAAAUACAAAACUGCUUUAAUUAAUUUUUUUCUUAAAAGGAAACCUUUCUCUCUCUCUCUCUCUUUCUACACACAAAUGCGUGCGCAUGCGCGCACACACACACACAUAUAUGCAUACACAGAUAUACGCAAAUAUAGAUAUUGAUAUAUUUGUAUAUAAAAUUCAUGCUGGUAAUACACACAGAGAGAGAGACAAAUUCAUACCUCUACAUAUACAGAUAUCUAUUUGCAUAAAAUUCAUGCUGGUGUCUUUACUCUCCCAGCACCAAAUGCUGACCCAAGGAGCAGGCAAUCGUAAGUUCAAGUGCACAGAGUGUGGCAAGGCCUUCAAAUACAAGCACCAUCUGAAGGAACACCUGCGAAUCCACAGUGGUGAGUAGCUGAGGUGCCAGGGUUCUCAUUUGCAUUUUGUUUAAUUAGCCGAGUUUUUGUUUUUUAAAUAAGCUUAGUAUCUUCACCAUUUUCUUUAGAGCCGCCAAGAUACUUUGUAAAUGAUUUCUGACUCAUCCUCAUUUUUCAUGCUAUUUCAGAAACAAAUAAGAAACCAGCACCACAAGUUUCCAUAGAUGAUUUUCCAAAUAGCAGAAUGUAUUACCUGAUUAAUUAAUUAAGUUCUAAAUUGCUUUCCUGGAGCUAUUUCUACUCAGAGGAAUUCUAGGAAUUCCUAGCCAUUUGGCUCUUAGGUUUUCUUAUUUGUGAUACACUUUCCUAAAAAAACAAAAACAAAACAAAAAUAAGGAACCUUAAAGAUGAACAAGACCAACACCCACAAUCCAGCAGCAAUAAACAAAUUAAGCUCGCUUACUUGGAAUGGCUGCCUCAUUCAUAUUAUGUAGUCCGGCCCCCCACAAGGUCUGAGGGACAGUGGACCGGCCCCCUGCUGAAGAAGUUUGCUGACGUCUGGUUUAGCCUCCCAAGCAUAAGUUGAGCUGAGAGAUAGUGACAUGGCAUCACACAUGGUGAGCUUCAUAGCUUCUUCAUACACUGUACUUUUAAGUACCUGUAAAACAUUCCGCAAAAUCCAGUGUCAGGUGAGCAGAAUUAAGUUUGUGCAACAGGACUUCCUCUUCCUCUAACUCCCCACCUCCCCAGUUGUGUAAGUGGACAUCUAUACCAUCACAGCUGGAUGUCACAACAAGCAACAAACAUUGAGGUAUCUUUGCCAGAGAUCUCAGAUUGGCUGCAGCUUCCCAAUAAAGAUGCACUUAAUGGCCAACAUGAGAUUGUUGCCACAUAAUGUGUGAAGUGGCCUGUCUGACCUCGAAGUUGUGUUGUCCACAUCCAAGCUGAACACACUAGCCACUUUAUAUAUCCAUUUACAAUAUUUAUACCCUGCCUUUCUGGCCUGCAUCGGCUAUCACAUCAAUUAAAAAUAUAAUUUUGUGUUCCUAAUUCAAUCCCCUUCGUUGAAAUAAAUAACCUCUGCUGAGUGCAUUAAGUCAUUCAGUUACACAUGACAGCGAGAAAAUAGGGCAACACUUUGCCUUAUAUUUGGAACUUGUCAAUAUUUGAAUAAUAAUAUUUAGAGUUCUCCUCCAGCUAAAAGUCUUCACCCUUUGAUGCAGACAUUGUGAGUAAAGCUGUUAACGCUGGUCAAGUAUUCAAAGACUUUGAUUUAUUCAAAUAAAUUCAAAGGCAAAUCAGAAACAAAGACAAAUAUACCGAAGACUAAAAAAGCAGUAUUUUAAAGCUAAAAAAUAGUCUGAAUAAGUUUCUGUAAUUAUACAUUCUUCAUAGGUUUUUUUUUUUAAAGUCUAUUCUGCUUAUAUAUAAUAAUUCUGAUGUUUAAGCUAUCUAAUCUGCAGGCAUGUAAAAUCUCGCAGUGAACUUUGUUUUUUGUUUAGUAGAUCAGCAUUUGCAAACCUUGGGUACAAUCUCAUAGUUAAGCACUUCUAAACUUCAUUGAUUUGAGCUGAAGGGAUUUAAGCUUAUGUUUAAUGCUCCAACUGAAGUUUAAUAUGUUUAAUGCUCAACUCAGCUGUAAUAGCAAACCACAGUUUCCCACUAUAAUAACUAGUUGCGGUGAACUUUGGGCUUAUGUACAUUACCUCUUCUCUCCUCUUUCACAGUCACCCACUAAAUUUGUUCUGUGAGUUCCCCCAGCCCCCUGGAGCAAAUUUGGGGGUGGCAGGGGGCACAUGUGGAAGAACGAGAGGGGAAUGUCUUGUUCCAUUUGAGAAGUUAAUUAAAUUAAUGCAAGCCCAGGAAUUGGGGGGGGGGGAGUGGAUUCAAGCAUGAGACAGAGAGUGGAAAAACUGCCUUUAUAUUUUGUGUAGCCAAUCCAGAUCAUGACUCAAAGGUUAUCCAUCACAGGAGAGGGGAGAGUUCACAUCCUUCAAAGACUAGUGGCUACUGAACUCAAGUAGAUUCAUUCCAAAGUAGCAAGAAAAGGGGAAGAGACAGCAAUGGGUUCUCACACUCCCUCCUCCUAACCUUCAUUUUUGAAUUUUUCCUGUUCCCUGGUUCAGUUGUAAACAAUAUUUUGUCAUGUCACCUGAAUGGGAAAAGCUCGCCAAACCUAAAUCAGAAACUCAGUUCAAACUAUGGUUUCCCAUUCUGCUUUGGAGGCAAAGUAUGGUUUGCACAAACCAUAAUCUGCCUGAUUUGAACAAUCAUGGCUAACUGUGCUAUGAACAGAGGGAGGGAAACAGAGCCUUACAGGAGUCAAGAGAGCAGAAGCAGGGGGAAUGGGAGCACAUGAGCCCAAAAUUCAUUCACAGUUGCCAAAACCUGUAUUAAAAUUAUCUGCCCCCGCCUUAGGGUAAAACCUAAAAAUAUAUGUACACAGAUUCAGAAAGUGGUUGAAGCACUGCUUUAGGCUGGAAAUGAGAGUAGAGGAGGAAUAAAAAACAUAAGAACAGCCCUACUGGAUCUAACCAAUUGCCCACCUAGUCCAGGAUCCUGUUCUCACAGUGACCAACCAGAUACCUAUGGAGAGCCUGAAGCAAGACUGGAGUGCUUCAAUGUCCUUUCCAGAAAUACAUGUCUCCUGUUCUCUUGCCAUUAUCCAUAUAGAUCCUCUAGAAGUAAACCGUUAAAAGUGAAUAAGCAAGUAUGAGUGAACUUCCAUAAUUUAUUCUAAAGCUUAAUUUCUAAAAAAAAGUUCUCAUGAAAAUUCACCACCAUUUUAGUGUGAAUUUCUCUCAGGAUACACAUUUUUUUACAGUAAUUCCCCCAUAAACAAUGUAUUUGUUAUUUCCACCAAUAUAUGCCUUUUUAUGCACACUUUACAUAUGCAUUUUUGUACACAUUGCUUUGCUGGAGAACUGCAUUGCAAAAUUUGGAGAAGUGCAAAUUUUAAUGAGUCGCUGUGUUUCUGUUCAACAUAUUGUUUUGGAUAGUGUAUAUUUGCAUUAAAUUUGCAUUCAAAUGUGAACUGGGUCAUAUUUGUCCCCCAUUUACUAUGCCAACCAAUUCACACAAAAUUAUGCUACUGUUGUAACUGCAUGUUGCCAGGGUCCUUAUUAAAAGCCAUGGCAAAAUCCUUCUGCUAUCUGAAUUUAGAUAUUGCAAACACUGUGCAUUACAUGUAAGUUUUCAGCUGUAUUCCUUUACAUAGUACAGUACAGUACAGUACACUCUCUGUUUCCCUUGUAAAGACAUCUAUAGCUUUCAACAAAAUGUGAGCCAUCAGUAAAAGCUAGGGAGCAUCACAGGAUGAGAAGGAAUCUUGCAUGCAGCUAAUUGUAGAUUGUCUAGUUUGAAUUGUUUCCAGUCACAAAAACCUAAACAUAACUUGGAAGGAAAGAGAAAAUGCAGCAAGAUGAAAGGAGUGAAAUGUGCAGACACAGUAAAUGGUCUAAAGAACUGGUCUAUUUGUGAGUUAUUAAAAAUUAAUUUUUAAAAAUUAAUUGCAGGUGAAAAGCCCUAUGAGUGUCCAAACUGCAAGAAGCGUUUCUCCCAUUCUGGCUCGUAUAGUUCACACAUCAGCAGCAAGAAAUGCAUUGGCUUAAUCUCUGUAAAUGGUCGAAUGAGAAACAAUAUCAAGACGGGUUCUUCUCCUAAUUCUGUAUCUUCUUCACCUACUAAUUCAGCCAUUACACAACUGAGAAACAAGCUGGAGAAUGGAAAACCACCUAGUAUGUCUGAGCAAUCAGGCUUACUGAAAAUCAAAACGGAACCACUAGAUUUCAAUGAAUAUAAAGUUCUGAUGGCAACCCAUGGGUUCACUGGUGCUAAUCCUUUCAUGAAUGGCAGACUUGGUGCAACCAGCCCAAUAGGAGUUCAUACUUCCACGCAAAGUCCAAUGCAGCACUUAGGGGUAGGGAUGGAUGCAUCUUUACUUGGAUUCCCAGCAAUAGGCAGCAAUUUAAGUGAGGUGCAGAAAGUCCUACAGAUUGUGGACAACACUGUUUCCAGGCAGAAAAUGGACUGCAGCGCUGAAGAAAUCUCCAAGCUGAAAGGUUACCACAUGAAGGACCCAUGUUCUCAACCUGAGGAACAAGGCGUUACUUCUCCUGGUAUUCCACCUGUGGGUCUUCCAGUAGUCAGUCAUAAUGGUGCCACUAAAAGUAUUAUUGACUACACAUUAGAAAAGGUCAAUGAAGCCAAAGCUUGUCUCCAGAGUUUAACUACAGACUCGAGGAGACAGCUCAAUAACAUUAAGAAAGAAAAGCUACGCACCCUAAUAGAUCUGGUAACUGAAGACAAAAUGAUAGACAACCAUAAUAUACCUACUCCAUUUUCAUGCCAGUUCUGUAAAGAAAGCUUUCCUGGUCCCAUUCCCCUUCAUCAGCAUGAACGUUACCUGUGUAAGAUGAACGAAGAAAUCAAGGCAGUCCUCCAACCUCAUGAAAACAUGGCUCCUAGCAAACCAGGAGUGUUUGUCGAUAAGCAAGCUCUCCUCCUGUCAUCAGUACUUUCUGAGAAAGGAAUGACUAGCCCCAUCAAUCCAUACAAGGACCAUAUGUCUGUACUUAAAGCAUAUUUUGCUAUGAAUAUGGAACCCACCUCUGAUGAACUACUGAAAAUUUCCAUUGCCGUUGGCCUUCCUCAGGAAUUUGUGAAGGAAUGGUUCGAACAAAGAAAAGUCUACCAGUACUCAACUUCCAGGUCACCAUCGCUGGAAAGGAACAGUGCCAAGGUGGUGCUGGCUGCCACCAACAACACGCCCACUAAAGACUCUUUGUCAGCCAGAUCCCCUAUAAAGCCUGUGGACUCUAUAACAUCACCGUCUAUAGCUGAACUUCAUAAUAGCGUUACUAACUGUGAUACCCCUCUCAGGCUAACGAAACCUACUCACUUUACCAAUAUUAAACCAGUUGAUAAAUUGGACCACUCCAGGAGCAAUACUCCUUCUCCAUUAAAUCUUUCUUCUACAUCUUCUAAAAACUCCCAUAGUAGUUCUUACACUCCAAACAGUUUCUCCUCUGAGGAGCUUCAGGCUGAGCCUUUGGACUUGUCAUUACCAAAACAAAUGAAGGAACCCAAAAGUAUUAUAGCCACAAAGAACAAAACAAAAUCCAAUAGUGUAAACGUAGACCACAACAGUGUUUCUUCGUCAUCUGAAACCUCAGAUGAGCCACUGAACUUGACUUUUAUCAAGAAAGAAUUUUCUAAUUCAAAUAGUUUGGAUAAAAGCACUAAUCCAUUAUUUGGUAUGAGCCCUUUUAGUGCCAAACCUUUGUACACCACACUUCCGCCACAGAGCGCAUUUCCCCCAGCCACUUUUAUGCCACCAGUUCAGACCAGUAUUCCUGGGCUACGACCAUACCCAGGAAUAGAUCAAAUGAGCUUCCUACCACAUAUGGCCUAUACUUAUCCAACUGGAGCAGCUACGUUUGCUGACAUGCAGCAAAGGCGAAAGUACCAGCGGAAGCAAGGUUUUCAGGUAAAUAUCUUGCUUAUUUCAGAAGGUUACAGUUGUAUACUGUUUCAUGACGUAAAACAUCCUAAGGGUAAAUCACCUCAAACAUUCCAUUUGUAUUUUUAAAAGGAGACGUGAGGAAAUGAAACUAUGUAAACAUGGCCAAGGUGGACAAACUUGGAAUGUUCAACUGCAGUUGAACAUUUCCUGCCCAUUAUUGUUACAUUACCUGCCCAUAAGAAUAUAAAAUGAGUUUCUAGGGGUCAGCAUCACCCAUUCACCUCUAAGCGAAUACGAUCAGCUACAGUCCCCAUGUGAGGGGGAAAAUGCUUCUGCUUUUCCCUGAGAAAGAAAAGUGGCUGUUGAUACAAUUCAUAUUCAUGACCAUCCUAGCAUAAGUACCGAUGAGAUACAUGAAGCACUGGGAGAGUCCCCCAGCCUGUGGCUUCUUUGGCACUGGCACACUGUGGUUUAGGUAGUUUCCUUGCCACUGUAACCCUAAGAGAUUCUCAGAAAUCACAUGGAAAUGAUAAUGCAGCCAUAAGCUGUUUAUAAUAUGUUCCAACUAAUCUUUACAAAGCUAUAAAAAGGAUUAUGAAGAUCCCCAAGCCAGACUUGUUUUCAUCUCACCUGUUCCAUUUUCCUCACCGAUCCAUUCUUCCCCCCACCCCACCCCAUCCCUUGGACUAUUGUUGAGAAGACUCUAAAAAUAUAGUGUCUGUUGGUUUUUAUCUUCAUAAAAAGGUUCUCUCAGUCCACUUUUGGGCUGAUGUGGAUCUAUGAAGCUGCCUUAUACUAAGUCAAACCAUCAGCCCACUGAGCCCAUUAAGGUUUACUCUAAAUGUUGGUGGCUUUCCAGGGUUUUAGGCAGAGGUUUUACCCAUCAUCUGCUACCAGAUCCUUAUUUUAAAAAACUGGAGUUGCCAGGGAUUGAACUUGGAAGCUUCUGCAUUAAAGGCAUGUGCUUUGAGCUAUGGCCCAAUGUAGGUGAGUUCAAACUUUUAGGAACUCUCCCAACUGCAAAAAAAUAAAAAAAUAAAAACUGACAUCUGUCCACUUAAAUAUAGCAAAGGAUUUUAUCCACAGGAAACAUGCAUAGUGUGUAGGAAUUGUGUAUAUAUAAUACAUCUACAGUUUGUCAGACAGCGAUUAACUGAUUAUAGUUGAUUUUUUAAAACAUCUGUGGACAUUCCCAUAUGACCUAUUAGGUUCCAUUAGUAAUUUUACCAACUAGUAAAUGUUUUAUAUUUUCAAAUGUGAAAAUCAGGUAUGGUUUAAUGUUACAGGCAGUAAUCCCUCUCUGCACAAUAGGAGCAUAAAUAGCACGGUACCUCCAUAACAGCUGUUCCACUAUUCCAAUUUACAGUACAUCUGCCCUCUUUGUAAACGUAUUUAAGCCUAUUUAAUCUUCUCUAAUAUUAAUUAGUAAAAACCUAGUCUAAGAAACUGAACUGUCUGAUAGCAAAUGGAAAUGUACGUUAUCAUGCAAGUUUGCACUCUCUUUGGAUCAAGACAAAAUAAAUAUCAAGAAAUUUAAUAAUUUACUGAUCCACAUUCAUUACUGCUUAAUGCUGAAGGCUGUUUUAACAUAGAUACAGCAUUGAUAAAAAGUGUUAUUAAUAUUCCCUAUUUCAAAUUACAAAAUUAAAUAUAAAAAUAUAGCUCAAGGCCUUUAGAGGGGAGACAUACAUUUAAGUGGAUUGCAUAAUAAUAUUUUGUGCCUAAAUAUAAACUUCAUUUUGAAGCCUUUCUAACACUUAUAGUCUGGUGUCUUGAAAGAAAAGCUCUGUCAUUGUUGCUUGUACCUAGUGGUUUGUGACUGUGUGUGUGUUAUUUUUGGGUUUUGUUUUUGUUUUACAACCUCCUAUUAUUAUGAACACAAUGCACUUUGGAAUUUUAAGCAUACUGACCAAGAAGUAAGUCCUAUUGAACUCAGCAAGGCUUAUUUCCAAUAAAACAUGCACAGAAGUGCACUGCAAGCUACAAAUUCUGCAACCCUAAAAACUACCAUAAUCUUUUCCUUGAGCAGUAGACACACAUACUAGUUUCAUAUUGCUCUUGUUCCCAAGUGGCUUAUGGUAUGAAGGGCUAUUGGAGGAGGGAGCCUGUUCAAGAAAUACAAGUUUCAGCCCUACAGAGUAUGUAGAGUUAUUUUUUAAUAAAUUAUCUAUACAGGAUUUUACACAAAGACAAAGCUGUGUUUGCACAUUUAUUUUAGGUUUGCGACACACUAUGACAUUCUGUAACUUCCAGUUACUUUGCAGAAUUAUCCUAAAAGUUGAAUAGAUGUUAGAGCAGCUUCAGAUACUGCUGUUUUAACCUCGAAAUGCUUAUACGUCAAAGUACUUAACCUCAGAAUAUUUAUAAAGCAAAAGUUGCUUGCUAUCUUGUCACCGAAGCCUUCCUUUCAAAUUCCGUGUACAAACUUGUCCAUGUUGUUAGCCAGAUUCCACAUGAUAAGCUGUAGGCCAGAGUGCACACAUCCAUAGCAUGUUUUUUGUUUAUUAAAUGAUAUGUCCUACAUUUUAGAGCAGCUAUAGAUGUGGGGACGAUAGGAAAUACAAGUUUUCUUGCAUCUCUGUAUCAUUCAAAACAGAAUGUCCAUAUCCUCCACUCUCAUUGUCCUCAGAAAACAUGAAUCCUUGAAUUUGCUUGGGUAUCUCUGAGAAGUGAAGGUGAGGGAAUUAUGAAACGGAAGAAUGCGGCACUUGCACUUCCUGUGCCCCUCACAGUUAUGUCCAAGAGUGCUUAUGUGGUGUGAUCUUGUGCAUGCCUGCUGAGGAAUUAAGUCCCAUUGAGUUCAAUGAGACUUACUCCCAGGUAAGUAUGUAUAGGAUUGCAGCCUUAAUUUUGGGGUGAUGGGUUUAGUCAUGCAGGACAACUAUGACCUCCUGGAACUGAAAGCUGGCACAUAUUUGGAUAUGACUUCAACAAAUUAAGUAAUGUGAGCAGGAGUUCCAUCAAAACACGCUGGCAUCUAUGGUCCUGUGGAAAGUGGUUACAUCAUAUUCUGAUCACUCCAGUGCUUUCCACAGGGAUGAAAUCACAAAGAACUAUGUGGAGCUGACUCUGGUUGUUGUCAUGUUCCCUGACUUGGUAAUGGUAUAAGUGGCCAUUUGUCCACCUGUUCUCUUCCAUUGCAUAGAUAUAGCAUUUCAUAACAGCAUUUCAGGAGCAGCCAUCAGUACUACACACUAUUAGUUCAUACCCUCCCUCAGCAUAGGGAGAGACUGAGCACAUGAUAGCCUGUAAAAGGGUUCAGAUUGCUUAUGCAGCCACAAUUUUGCCAGCUUCUGCCUUUUCUGUUAUGCUUUGGGUGCCCAUGCCAAUUGAGACUGAAACUAUAUUUUUAGUCAUACAGGGCAGCAGGUACAAAUACAUCUGCCGCAAUGAAGACAUGUCUCCUUGUAAUGAUUAUUUAUCCCCAUGUUGUGACAUCGCCAUGUUGCGCACUUCCCCAAGCCCAUCAGCCAGGGAUGUGCAGAGACAGCAGAAAACAAACAACAUUAAGACACCACAGAUGUUAUAGGAGAUAUUGAGAAAAUAUGUUUUUGUGGCAGCCCCGUGUCAUCAGAUGAUUUUUCAGACUCCAAGUGGCAUCCUAAACAUACUCUCUGGGAUGCAGCUCUGGACAUACGUGUUUUGCACUACUCACGUAAGACUUAAUGGGAUAAAAAGUUGAGUGUGAGCCAAUGAGGCUGCUUAUUGUAACUCAGGGUGCUUACCUGGUUACGGAUGAAACUAAAUAUAGUAACUAACAUACUAUAGGAACGCAGGAUAUUGUAUAACAUCACAGAACAAGGGAAGGAAACAUGUUUUACAUAAACCAUUUGGUUGCAUCACAGGGAGAAUUGCUUGAUGGAACUCCGGAUUACAUGUCAGGUCUUGAUGACAUGACAGACUCCGACUCCUGCCUGUCCCGAAAGAAGAUCAAGAAGACAGAAAGUGGCAUGUACGCAUGUGACUUAUGUGACAAGACAUUCCAGAAAAGCAGUUCCCUUCUGCGACACAAAUAUGAGCACACAGGUACGAAUGGCUAUGGCGUGUAGAGACAAGCUUUCUUGCAUGUGGUACUUUUCAUAAUAUUUAAUGAGUACACUUGUGCAACAUAAGAUGCAACAUAUGCUUAAGGCAUUCAACAAGGAAGAAAUUGUGUGCUUUGUUUAGUUCAGUAUGACUCCCCCCCCCCCACUUCUUCACAUGUUAAUUUUGUACUCUUUUGUUUGUACAAUUCCUAGCAUCCCUGAUCACUGGUCCUGCUAGCAAAGGCUGAUGGGAGUUGUAGUCCAAAAACAGAUGGAGACCAAGUUUGGGAAACUCCAUGUUAGACAAUCUGCCCAUAAACAUCUAUGUAAGGGGGUGGGGGACUAACAAUAGCUAAAUCUCUUGCACCUGUGAUUAAACACCUAUAUUGCUAUUUAAAGGCCUGAUCAAAAUACAUUAAAGCUUACCUUUUGGCCUGCCUCUCUAAAAAUGUAUAUAUGAGAAUUAAUACACAUGAAAGUGCUAGUUCAGUUGAACCAAGAGGGAACCUGAGUGUGUACAGUGCUUUGCGUAUAUACAUACUGAUGAUCUGUACAGUGAAGUGGAGCACCGUCACAGAAUUUUUGGUCUGGAAAUGCCUGAAGCUUAUCUACACCUUCCUUACACGCUUAACAAGUUAUCCUUUUAUCAGUCAGAUGGUAGUGUACUGUAAGAGAGGUUGCUUAUCUUCUACAGUUCUUCUUCAGGUCUGUUCCUCAUAGUAUGGUGGCAAUAUAGAUAAAAGGUAAAGGGACCCCUGACCAUUAGGUCCAGUCGUGGCCGACUCUGGGGUUGCGGCGCUCAUCUUGCUUAUUGGCCGAGGGAGCCAGCGUACAGCUUCUGGGUCAUGUGGCCAGCAUGACUAAGCUGCUUCUGGCGAACCAGAGCAGUGCACGGAAACGCCGUUUACCUUCCCACCAGAGUGGUACCUAUUUAUCUACUUGCACUUUGACCCUGAAACUGCCUUAACAGAGUAGUUGCUGUACAAAGCCAGUUUCAAAUGGCAUUCUUGUGAUGGCUGUAUUGCGAGAAGCAGACCUUAAAAUCUGCAUUUAGUAUAGAGUGCUCUUCUCAUUGUUAAAAGUGAUGAGGGCAUUAUUAACCUCUUAGAAUAAAAGGUUAUCUGCCUUCAAAAUUGUGCCCAGGUGGUGGAGUCUUCCAAAGGGCCCACAAGGCAUUCACAUCUUGCAACAAACACUGGAGGGAGGCUUAGGCUCGAUCCUCUUCUUUGAAAGCUACACUCCUUAAAGAGCCAACACUCUGGUGUGCAGGUGGGCAUCUUUUUGCCUUCUGGCCUCUCUCCUGGUGCACUGCCUUGGACUGGCAAGGUAGAUUGAAAGGCACUCGCUUACUGAGCUGAAGGGAAGAACCCCUGAAGAUCAAAGCUCUGACUCUGCAGAGUCUGAUGAGGUGGGAACUGGUCCAGGGGACUUCUGCCUGUAAGCAGAAAGACAAGAAUUUAAGGGCCCUGUGCUUUUUAUAUAAAAGAAGAAGAAACAGUUCAGUGAGCCCCAUCUUACCUUAUGGAGUACAAAAAUUAAAAGCUAUUUAUAUUAGACAUGGAGAAUUAUCCAGAGGUUAGUAGUUUAGGGUAAAAAAGUACCUGAAAAAGACUGAAACUUGAAUCUCCUUUUAGGAAAAUCAGAUCUAGUCAAGCUCUAGCUCAUUUUCUAUAUAGGUAAUUUAACACAAAUACUGUUGCCUUCCCUUUUUAAGUAUUUGUUGUCUUCUCUUCCAGUACACAUGUCUAGCUCUCACACACACAUGUGCAUGAACCCAAACAGUAAGAUGGUUCCUAACAAUAGUUCAUCUCUUAAUUGUUUUCCUAGUCUUGGAUCUGUGACAAGGAUAGUGGGAAUGGGAAUCAUUCACCUCUAUUUAAUAAGCAGAAUGAAUGGUAAAUUUCAAUAGAUCUUCUUUUAUGCCUUCCAGCAUGCUCUUUGCUUUUUAUGCAUUUAUAAAUCACAUUCAUUACAAAAUCUGGGAAAUUUGCUUUCACUUCAAAUUUAUAAACAAAGUUUAAGUGUGUGUGUGUGUGUGUGUGUGUGUGUGUGUAUAAAUUUUUCAAAUCCUUUAAAAACUCUUCCCCUAAUAGUCCUUCACUUUGUAAUAGUGAAUACACUCCAGAAUACAGGGCAGCCUGCUUCAUGAGUGGCAGGUGCUUCUGGUCUUUCCUGCAUCACUUACCCAAUGGAUUAAAUCCUCCAUCCCUAAUUGCCAUGCACACUUUUACCAACAGAGGCAAGUGUGUAUGACAAACGGCUGAUUAGCAGUCAGUCACCAAACAGGACAGAAUCAUGAAAAGGGCAUAUAAUUUGUCACAGUCUGGUCACCUGUGUUCUGAACUGACAAUGUCCUAACACUUGGGGUGUGGUGUGGGGAAUGAGGCAAAGGGUGGCUCUACCCUUGUAUUUUGUUUCUUUGUUUGUUUAUAUGUAAUAACAACACUGAGACCCCCCCCCCUGGGUAUUAGGGCACUAUAUAAAUUCAAUAAAUAAUAAUAAAAAAAUUGUCUGCCAACAUGGAAAGCACGUGUGAGGGACAUGCACUGUAACACUAGUCAACUGAUGGACAAUAAUGAUUGCCACAUAAAUUGUGGAGUUGGCCUAACUGUGCCCGUGAUUUACUGUAUCUUUCAAUAUUGCCUAGUUCAAAAUCCUAAGUAAGCCUAAACAAGAAUAAUGAAGAAAGAUCCAAAACAUCUUGUAUUAAAACAACACUGUUUACUCCCGUUUGAUUGCUGUGUCUUUUAAAAGACACAAAAUCUUUCGAAACUGAGGAAUAAAAGGUCUUCCACAACAUUAGUACUCUUUCCUUGCCUCUUUAAGCUAAAUCCUAUGCAGAAAAUAAAAGGAAGUUAAAAUACGCAUGGGAUUAGGGGUGCGGGGAAAUAAAGUAGCAUCUUGGACCACCAGCUUGUUUGGUUCAUUGGUGUGCAUAUUCCUUACGUUGCAUUACUCAGAUGCAAUUGUUUGUAUGGCUGAAGAGGAGGAAACGCUUUGCAGGUUUACAUCCCUGCACCUUUCCUCUCCUGAAUGAUUUUAUUGCAGCCAUCUGCAAAUAUUAUGGUUUGCUACACUACUACCGUAAACCUCUUAUGUUAGAGCUGGCCUUCUCAUAUACUGGGAUCUGGACAUAUGGUUGAAUCCCGUAAAGUCGGUGGUCCAUAAGCUCCACAGUCAUAGGCUGACAAUUGAAAGGCUGGAAAUUUGACAAGUCAGGCACCUUGAUUUGCAAAAAAAGCAGAUAAUAUGCUUUGAUUUUAAACAAGCAAGGAAGACUUUAUGUGCAAUGCUGUAAUACUCCUUUCCUCCUGACCAUUAUCUAUUUUAUAUUUCUGUGAGAUUCUGCCUCAAGUUUUAGCACAAAUAAAAGUUUUUGAAGAGAAGAAUCACUCCCACAAUAGAACUGCCUAGUCCCGGAGUUAAGAGAUUUGGAUUUAAGUUUCCUUCAUCUCUGACACAUGUUUGUUUUGUGAACUUCAGCAAAAGCAGUCUUCAUAUAGCAGGAAACAUCAGGAUAUAGUUUUAUCCUAACUUUAGUCAGAGUAGUAAAAGGCCAUUUAAUCAGAUUACGAAUGCAAUCCUAUGCAUGUCUACUCAGUUCAACUGAAUUAAAUGGGACCUACCCUUAGGCAAGUGUUUAUAGUAUUGUGACCUUAAUCUAAUUUGGUGGAACAGCAGCACAGUAGUGGUAAGUUAAGGGGGAACACUUGCAAACUAACACGAGCCUGCCCUUCUUAUUCCACUACCUGUCUUGCAUAUUUACGCAGCUAAAGUUUACUUCAAGAAAAUGUAAAGGCCAUUCGCCUUUUUCUUUUCCUUCUUUUCCUUCUUCUUUGGCCUCUUUUGUAAAUGUUAAGUGAAUUGCAAAUUAAACUGAUAAAGUUAUGGAAAAAGCCAGAGCGAUGGAAUGGCUGUCUCGUCUAUUAAUAUAUAUGAGAAAUUUCACUCUGUGUUCGGGGCAAGACUCUCUGAACUGCAAUUAACCUUUGCUUUCAGUGCCUGAAUCAUUAUCCCUUCCUCAUCUUUUUGGGGACAGUUAGUGCUUAUCCUGUCUUUCUAGAGUAGCACAAAUAAUGGGCAUAGAUUUAUAAGCCAAAGUGUUGAUCCGUCUGAAGAUGCAGUCCACACUUUUCUUCUUCUUUGUAGGUCAGCUGUUCUGGAAUGGUCUGAUGCGGUCGCCUUAUAACCAGUUAUAUCAUAUACAGCUUUCACACAAUGCAGUGAAGCUAAUACUUAUGCAGUGGCCCAGUUGACUAGCUCAUGCCAUACACUUCUAUUUAUCUGUGCUCUUCAUAUUCCCCUGUGAUUUUAAAGUGAUUUGCCUCUCCUUGGUUCCUGACUACACUGAGGUCUCAAGCCCACUUUUUGGGCACAAGUUUUGUGACUUGGAUUACACUACUUUAGAAAAGUGAAGCCAUGUUGCUGCUGCUGCUGCUGUUCUUGUCAUUCUUAAAAGGAGUUUGGAAUUCACAUGUUAGAUAUACUAUAACAGAAAUCUAAGCCCUGUGUACUGUAUCCAACCAUCUGACAUGCUUCCUGCAAAAAAGCCCAUUCUGUCAUAGUCUUAUGCCAGUAGUAUGUGGCCAAAUGAGCUAGGAGAAAGUAUUGAAAGGCCAGCAGCAUUUCAAAGUCCUUAUGCUACCUGUUGGAUGAGCACCACUGGGGGAAACGAAACAGAAGUUAGGUUUGGUAGUUAAUUCUGAUUUCUGUCAGGGCAAGAUAUUUUAAUUCUCAAAGAGUCCCGUUUGAUAAGGGCCAUUGGUAAUGGGCCAUUGGUAGUGACCAGGAGACUGCUUAAGUCUCCUACAGCCUAUCACUGAAUAGUAACCCUUGGGGGCCAAACAGAAGUGCUUAGAUGUAAAACACCGUCUUUCAAAUAAUUAUUUGAAAGUUACUAGACUAAAAUAUUUUUUAUUAACUCUGCUACCCAGAUUAGUAACGCGUUGGAUGCCAGCAACCUAAAAUUGGAAAUUUAAGCAACCAGCAGCUUACAAUGACUCCCUGUUUGAUCUCCUGAAUCGAUUCCUUGUUGCCAUAUGAGAACGUGGAGUGACUAAACCGUAUAGCAUGAACUAGUGUGGCGAUGUGGAUAUAAUAUUGGGUUUGGACCGUAGGAUUUGGUAAUGGAUCUGGGUUCCAAUUUCUGCUUUGCCAUAAAGCUCACUGGGUGGCUUGGGCCAGUCAUCAUCAUCAUUAUCAUUAUUAUUAUUAUUAUUAUUAUUAUUAUUAUUUAGCCUAGCUUAACUCACAGAGUUGAUAUACGGACAAUCUGCUUAGAAAGAUGGCAGGAGGAAGGGUUUGGGAGAAAGUUCAUAGCAGUCUUGGUCCUCCGACUGCUACACACUUUCCCCCAAACCCUUUCUCCCUUCAUCUUUCUAAACAGUUGUCCUUAUAUCAACUCUGGGAGCUUCCAGGCAGCUGUGCUCAGAAGACGGUUAAGGAAGGGGUUGAGAAAGAGGAGGAAGCAUGGUGACAGCAAGUUGGUGGCAUGGAGUGACCAUUCAUUCUCCACUUAAAAAAACCCUAGUAGUGACAAAAGAUUCGUAUGUGUGGAGUUCCCAACACCCAAUGGACGUUUCAUUUUUAGUUUUCCACAGCAAAUUCCUUUGGCACAAAUUCACACCCACACCCCGCAGUAAAGAUAUGCAGGAAUUUUUGCAUAUUGGACAAAUUAAUAUUUUCAUAGGCAUGCCUAGGAGUCCUGUGGCCUUGUUACCUUGGUUAAUGAUAUGCUCCAUUUCAUCAUUCACAAGAAACGACGAGAGCUUUCAUGGUGGCGUCCUCCCUUUAAUUCUUCUUUUCUUUCCAACUGCAUGUUUUAUUAAGACUUCUUUUUAUAUAUAAUUUUUGUAGCUUUUAUGCUGAGGCAAGCACUACUUUUGUUUCCAGAUUGAUUCGGUAAACUAAAUAUUGUUCUCAAGCUUUAGCAGCAAAUCAGCCGUCUUUUGCUGCUCUUCUGAAUUCCUAGCUCACAAGUUUUCCUUAUUUAGAGCUUGAUUCAUAAAAAAAAUUACAUGCUGUUUAUAGAUAAUUUUCUAUCACUCGACUCAGAUAUGAGGAUUACUUUUUAUACUUAAAUAAUAUGCAGUUUCUUGGAGUAAAUUCAAAGCUCAUGAAAUUUGCACUAGAAAUGGAAGUCUUUCUUCUUUGUAACAACAGAGCAAGUGUGGUAUUUGCAAUUACGCCAAAUUGCAUUUAUAACGCACCUUUGACCGCCUCACUACACUCUGCCCAUUAAUCCAGCUCCACCGGGACUACUUCUAACAUCCAAACCCCUAAGUGGCUUCAAUCAGCUGCCUUUAAAAAAUCAAACCGCUGCCAGAUGAUUCCUUAUGUACCUUCCAAGUCUGGAAUUUCUUUGCAAACACACUCCUCAGUCCCCAAACCUACUUACUGUUAUAUCACUGGAAUAACAAAAUUUAUCGCUUUUCAAAACACAUGGUUUGCCCAUAUCUAAGCCCAAAAAGCCUGUAUCUUUGGGCUGUUACAUGUUUUUUAUAUGUAGCAAUGAAAUUGUAAACCUUUGGGUGUGUGGGUGUGUAUAAAAUGAUUAGAUAUAAUUAUUUUUCAUUGCAAAUCCUAAGAGAGUCAGGAUGUGGGAUAAAAGCACAGUGCAAAUACACACACACACACACACACACACACACACACAAAUAUUUGUGUAAGAUAUCUUUAAACAUAUAAUAAUAAUUAAUUGUAUUUAUAUAUCACCCCCAUUGGUGCUUUUCCGAUCGUAAUACAACAAUGAAACAACCUUUACUCUAUCAAAUAAUGAGUUUUAGCAAGGGGAUAAAGAAGGAGAAUGAGAAGAUUUGUUAACAGAAUCAAUACCAGGCCUCCUGACGAAAACAUCAGGACAAUUUAAAGCUUUGCUCUGUUGUAGACCAUGUGACGUUGCUGUAUACUUGUAGUGAAGAACCAUGUAUGUAUUUUAAUCAUCGUUUAAGUUGUCUUACAUAACUCAUAAAUAAUUUCACAUGUUAAUCUCACCCAGGGUCAUUUCAAAGGCAUCUCUCCAUCAAUGAGACGGAAUUGUCAAAUCAGCCAAUGAGAUCAGGGCUGGAUUCUAUUCAGUGGCCUAAAAAGGGGGAGGGGGAGAUGCAGGGAGAUAAAAGCACAGAAUCACUUCAUAAGGCUGGGACAAAUUUAGAGGCUAAACAGCAAAUUGAAUCCAAAACUAAGCAUGCAUUUUUUUUGCCAUUAAAGAAUACAUGCUGGUUUGAAAUAUUAAAAAAACACAAAUAAACAACAAAUAACAGAGCAAUCUGAAGAGGGGCCAGAGGGGCGCAGAGCGCCGAAAUCCUCUGCUCCAUCUGCAGCCCUGCCAGCUCCUGCUAGCCAGAUCAGUAGGUGGAGGGGGAUUUAUUUAUUUAUUUUUAUUUUUUGUUGCACCAGCUCUAGACUGGCACAGCCCAGGAGCCCACCCUGGGCAUGUCUCCUGCAAAUGGAUUGACUUAGGCUCCAGCAAAUUCCUGUCCAGCCCUUCUCUGCCCUCACCCCAGAACAGAAGCUUCUCAACUGCCUGCAGUCCUGAUGGGCACAGUGGGGGUUUCUGUGGCAAAGCCCUUUCCCCUCCACCCAGCAGUGAGCCCAGUGCAGGGACAGCUCCAGCUAAUCUUAAUUCUCUCCAGCAGCACUGAUCUGGGGGUUAGGACUGGGCUCUAAAUCUCUUUGUGGCUUGUUCACGAAGAAAAGUAAAGGCACCAGGCACUAAACUUUUGAAGAACCUACCUAUCUACCUUCAUAGGGGGUUCAAUCAUUUUUUAAAAAAACACUGAAAUAAUAUCACAAUCUAUAGCUUUGUAUGUUUAAGUCAUUUCAGUAAUAAAGCAAAACACCCUGCUCUGUUUUAUCUGUUUUCAAGCGGAGGCUGGAUAGGGAUGUCAAGGGAGGGCUUUACCAGAAGCUGUAUUUCAGGUACAGGAGAGAAUGACAUGGAUGACCUUUGCAAUGCCAUCUUUCUGUGGCUAUUAUCACAUCACUGACCUGAUCAAACUAUGCCUGAAUAAUUGUCUUGAGAGCAAAGGAAUCUCAUACUUUCUGAGAUAUUUUUCAGUUCUUGUCUGAUUCCCUUUCUGUUAUGAACACCGUUGCCAUUGGAGGCAUUCUUUAUUCUUUGCCUUGUCAGAUCCUGUUCUCUAGCAUCUAGUCAUCUGGCAUUUACCACCAUAUGCUUGCAAAGUAAUUAGGAGUGUUUUCCUAUAGUUUAUUAUAGUAUUAGGGGUGGGGGUGGUAUCCAAUGGUGUCCCUUUGCUUGUGGAAGGAUUUUUAAACCUGUGGAGUUGGGUUUCUUUGUAAGUAGAAGGGGAAGAAGGUGGCUGUUAACUAAUCCCCCCAUCUGCUCAAGAAAGUUGGGGGACCACAGCAGCACUGAAGGUGGCACAGGGGGUGGGGGCUGCAGGAUAAAGGGAGGAAUUUAUGAAAACUGUCUUCCUUCUCCUUUCCAUUAACAGAAGCCUCAGUGGAGGAAAAAAAGUCUCUCAUGAGCAGAGGAACCCAACCGCUUGAAUACAACCCCUUAUUUUCCUCUAAAAUGUGACAUGGUUUCCCUCCCCCCUUUUCUCUCUCUUUCAUCUAAGGGAGUCCACCUGAGGUCAGUUAACAUGACUGAUUUUCCUGCUCAUGUUAUGACUUUUAUGUGGAUAAAAGUCACUAUUCUUAUCACAUGCCCAGGGAUUCUCAGCUGCCUUUUCAACAAAACUGAGAUAAUCGUGCAUUGUGCUUUCCCAGUGGAUGAGUGCAGCUGGCAUAAAGUUCACAUGGAAUAGAGAUUUGGGACUAUCUGCUUCAUGUGAGCUCCCUGAUCGUGUGAUAGUAGUGCCAUACCUUUAACAAAGUUUAUGAGGAGCAACUGAAAUAACAUUAGAGCUCUUCUUCAGCUUAGCUGUUUAGCAAAUCAAAAACAAGAAGAGGGAAUCAGACAAGUUACCUGCAACUUUGAUCUGAGUGUAUCAGUGGCUUUCAAAGAAUAACUCUAACUGCAUUGCCAAACAACAGAUCCUGACUGAAACAUUUGAGGUGAACUGGGACACUUGCCAUUUGAAAGUAGACCACAGUGCAAGGAAUCAAAUUUUGAUUUAAUUAAAUUUAAAGUUAAUCUUAACCCUGUGUUUCAGUUACAAUACCCACCCUGUCCAAGGUGGCUAACAACAUAAAAAAGGAAACAAAAAUGUUUUAAAAGUCUGUGUUCUAAGUGGCUCAGAUCUGGUCCAAAUUGCAGUUUACAGAUAUUUAAACAAAUUUUAUUUUUUUAAAGAAAACAAACACGAACAUUGAAUAUAGCUUAAAAAAACCCAUUGCAUUACAUUCACAGCAGCAGGAGCACAGUAUCUGUUUGCUCUUCCCCAAAAGGACCUCAUAUACAGCUAGGGUUCUGCAACUCAAUAAUAAAACUACAUAAUGACUGGGGGAAAGUUCAAACUGUACCUCAGCCCCAAACACGUCAGCUGGCUGCUGGCUAGUCACUACUUGUAAAUCUCAGUUCUCAAUCCCACAUCUGCAGCAUGGGGGUCAUAAGUGCCAACCUUACAGGGUCAUUGUAAUUCUUGUGAAUACCUGUGAAGUGUUUGGAAUGCUUAUCAUUACCAAAAUACUGGAGAAAGAGUAUAUUCCAGGGAUAUGAUAGCAUUCCAACUCCCUUCAUGUAUACUUGCACACUGAGUCUCCCUCUUGCACAUAGAUAUGUCCUGGAGCACUGAGCAAUCCUGGUAACUGCCAUGCACAUUUGCAAAACACCACAGAUAAAUUAUGCAAGCAAUGCCACAUUCUUUGUUUUCUACUCAAAUGACUUUGUCCACCUAUGGCUCAGAAGUGGGCACUUUUGAGUUUUGCCAGCUAUUGAAGUGCGACUUUAAGAUCAGUUUUUUAAUACAAACCGUGCCCCCCCCCCCUUUGGAUGUAGACUUUGCCCUGAAGUUUACAAUGUGGCUUGUGUUUUCCUUCUCAUGAUCUCCCUUCUCCUAGUUCCAUGCUGUGCUAUCUAUUCUUAUUAUGAAUCUCAGCUCAUAGCAGUUGGGGGAGAAAGCCAUUGACUGAGCUGGUUUGCUGCAGUGGGUGAGCCAGGCAUGUGAAACGGCCAUCACAGACUGGAUUUAGCCCAGACUUGGGUUUUGGCCUUCCGCCACGAGUCCACGUUUAGGGGUGGUUUGUGUUGGAAUGCCAAAGCCUGCACAUUCCAACUGCAUGCCAGGGGAUGUCAUGACCACCUUGGCAUGAAUUUAUGCUGCUGGAAACAGCAUAGGCUGGGAUUUUUCUAGGCCUACCAGUAGUUUGAACCCCCGUGCAGACAUGCAUGGAGGAAUCGUGGGAAAUGGUAGUGAUUAUGCCUGCCAAUGCCAUUCUCCCUGCCCACUGAAAGUCCACCCUUGUCUGCAUAGGAGAGCAUGCACAGGCAGACUCCCAGAGUGUGUGCAGGCCAAAAUGAUGUGAUCUAUGUACCAAAAACCACAAUAUAUUUAGGUUGUGUGGUUUGUGUUAAGACAUAAGGCACGGCGGCCCCUGUGACUACAUAAUGCCCAGUAUGUAAACAUCAGGCAUGCUGAAGAAGCAGAACUAUUAUUUUAGUUAAUUACGUGCUCUUCACCUGAAAGUCUGAAGGCAGCUUACAACCAUUUGAAGCACAACAUUCAAAGCAGUUAUAAAAAACAGCAAUUGCAAAAAAAAAAAGCAAUCACAAAACAGAUAAUAUAAAGGUAAAGAGGUGUGCCUUUUUUUUUUAAGGCACCACCUAGUGUAAUUUUAGUUUGGCUUUGUGCAUUUCAAUUCCACCUUUCUUCUCUCAUGGACCCCAAGGUGGUUCCCAGGUGCUUGUCCAUCCAGAAACUAACCAGACUCGGACCUGCUUAGCUUCAACAAAGUGGUCACCCUGUGUGUCUUCACACCAUACCCCAGAGCCAUUCCCUAGAAUCAGUUGGCUGGUGUUCAUGACAUCACCAGUGACAAGUGACACACUCGCCUGCAUAAGUUGGUGCAGUUAUGAAAAUUAUAUUGUGUCAUACAUUUCUAGGUUUUGCCCAGUCCUAUCAGGCUGACAAGCUUUUUUUGGAGGGGGGGGUCAGCUCUAUUUUGGAAUGAAGCUUUUAAGUAUGGCAGUUAUGGAAGGUGUCAAAGACAUUCCAGAGCUAUUUGUGGCCUCGAAUCAACCAGAUGUGUUUAGGCUUGGUACGGGUGUCAAGUUUCAGACAUUGGAUUUGAAACUGCUUGAAAUACCAGUGGAAAUAAUGGUGUCAUGCAGCUGAAGGGAACUUCAGCACUCAGUGAAUGGCUGACAACUCGCAGAGAACUUCUCCCAAAAUUACCAGUGAGGAACAAUUCUGCUCAUGUAGCAAAUCUCAGUAGCUGCUGAUAGGGAACUAAAUCUUUCUCUCACUAAAGUUUAAUGGGAAUUUUUCCUGACUAAGGGCUUCAACAUUGAGUUCUUAGAAAUGUCGUUCUUUCGGUCCUCACAAUUAGUUUCUGUGCAUGUGGUCAGUGAGGCAGUGAUUCUUCUACUAUGUAAUUCAGCAGCAACACUCCCCUUCACAUUGUCUCAUGUCUUUAUUAAUAUUUGUACUACCUUUGAUUAUUGAGUUCAUCCAUUUUGAGCAGUUCAAACAGAAAGCUCCAAAGAACUGACUAUUUCAUUUUUGACACAUUUGAGACCCUGGAGCCUCUUGGGACUGGAAGGCAUUUCAAGGAUAAUCUAAUCUAGUAUCUCUCAGAAUUUACCAUAGUUAAACCAGUAUAUAAAAGGCUUUGUGCUUGCCACAGUGUUUCAGAAAACUAUUCAUAAUUAUCAAAAAGCUGGGAGUGCAACAUUUUCCAAGGAGAGCUCAACCAUGGAAGUGUCAUUAGUUCACUUAGUGUGGGUUUCUUAAGGACAUGGGGGUAGCACCCCUGGUAUUUAGUGGUACCAAUUCAGAUGGUUUUGGAUGACUUGUGUGAUGGAGGAAAGGAUAGAAGCUUGAGUAAAAAAGAAGGUAAUUCACUGUUCCCAUACUAGGAUUUCCAUUUAAUUGUAAAAACCGGCCAUGCUCAUAUAAAUGCUCAACUUAGAUUAGCUUCCCCCACCCAAACCAAUAAUAUUGACUGAUAAUUGAUUGAUAAAUAAACUAUCAUAUUAAAAUAAAAUAAUAUUGACUGGCUGAUUGAUUGAUAAAAUUCUUUAUGUAGAAAGUAGCUACAAUUAAUUUAGGUGCAGUUUUCCUAUGUUUUCAGGAAAACAAGGGCUUUCCAGAGUUUGACUGAGGCUUAACAUUCAGAAAUUCCUGAAAGCUGAUAUUGUUAAAGCCGAAUAAUUUUCUUGAUAUGAGGCAUGGAGAAACCCCUAAAAUCACGAGCUACGUGAUGAAACAGAACUGGAGAAAGUAAAUCAUUAAGUAACCGUAACCUUGUUUAUAGUCAGAUGCCCUUAAUUCAAUAAAGGACAAAAAAGAAGCACAAAACGUAAGUGAGAGAAUCUGUAGAAUUGUAAAUAAAUAGGAUAUUUAUCAAACUUUAUUGCAGGCUUCAGCUGCUCUUCGACAUGGCCAGUUUUCUACUGAUACUCCAUGUUACUUUUUCUUUAUUGUCCUCAGGUUGAAAAAAGCAAUAUACAGAAUAUAUCAGAAAGUGAAAGCUAUUAAAAAUAGAGCUCUUGUUUAUUUGGGGGCUUUUCAUGCAAGCAAUUUUUUCCACUAUUAAUGCACAAUUGUUACCCUGCUACUGUAGGAAAUAUAGAACUCUCCCCUCAAGAGUAUCAGUUGUAUCCAACUUAUACACAGAGUAGACACAUUAAAAUCAAUGUAUUUGAUUAACUUAAUUCCAUUAAUUUCAACAGCUCUUGUCUGAGUGAGUUAAAUACAACCCUAAUUUAUUUGAGAGUAUCCCACCCCCUCCAAAAUCUUUAUUUUUACUCCUUUAGAAGCAUGGUGUCCCAAGAUAUUCUCAUGAAGCCGAUUAGAAAAAGUAAAUGUACCGAAGCCUAUCUGGAAUCCCUACACAGCCCCAUAAUGCAAGGUUUAUCCCCCUCCACUUUUUAAAUUUAGGCAGUGCACACCUCUCCCCUGGGUACAUUUCCACCCCCACACUGUGCAUGAGUGGGAACAACAUACUAUGCCACUGGCAUAACCCAGUCUGCUUCCUUUAUUUUAAUAUUUCAGAUUUUAAAACUUUCUAAUUCUUUUACUUAUGGAGAUAAGUAAAUGUCCCCCCCCCCCCAAGUUGUAGUGAUGGCUACCAACUUGGAUGGCUUUGAAAGAGGAUUAAACACAUUUCUGGAGGAUAUAAGUGUCUGUGGCUACUAGCCAUCAUAGCUAUGUUCUACGCUGAAUGUUGGAGGCAGCAUGCCUCUGAAACAUAGCUGACAACUUUUCCCUUUUCUUGCGAGGAAUCCUAUUCGGAAUAAGGGAAUUUCCCUUUAAAAAAGGGAAACGUUGACAGCUAUGCGCCGAAAGCCAGUUGUUGGGAAUCACAGGUAGAGACAGUGUUGCUUGCGGAACAGAUUAGGGCCAUCAUGCUACUCAGUUGCCAACUAGAGUAUUUCUGGCUACAAGCUGGAUUCUGGCAUAGUGCUACCAAUAAAAUGCCUUUCCCACAUGUUGUCUUGCAAGUUUUCUGAAAACAAAAAAGGGCCUAAAAUGCUGAAACUGAAGGUUGUGCUAUGUAUAAUUUUAUUUUUAAAGGCAUCUUUUUCCAGUGUAAUGACCUCUUUCUGUUCUGCUGUGCUUUCUUGCAGGAAAAAGACCACAUCAGUGUCAGAUUUGCAAGAAAGCGUUCAAACACAAGCAUCACCUUAUUGAGCAUUCACGACUGCACUCAGGCGAGAAGCCAUACCAGUGUGAUAAAUGUGGCAAACGCUUCUCACACUCCGGGUCUUACUCGCAACACAUGAACCACAGGUAUUCCUACUGUAAACGGGAGGCAGAGGAGAGGGAAGCAGCGGAAAGGGAAGCGCGAGAAAAGGGUCACUUGGAAACCACGGAGCUACUGAUGAACCGGGCCUAUUUACAGAGUAUUACUCCUCAAGGCUAUUCUGACUCAGAGGAGCGGGAGAGUAUGCCGAGAGAUGGGGAGAGUGAGAAGGAGCACGAGAAGGAAGGAGAAGAUGGGUUUGAGAAGCUGGGAAGACGGGAUGGGGAUGAGGAAUUUGAAGAGGAGGAGGAGGAAGAGAGCGAAAACAAAAGUAUGGACACAGAUCCAGACACGAUAAGAGAUGAAGAGGAGAAUGGCGAUCACUCAAUGGACGAUAGUUCGGAAGAUGGGAAAAUGGAAACCAAAUCAGAUCACGAAGAAGACAAUAUGGAAGAUGGCAUGUAA